AUGGCUGGGCUCUUCAUCCUCAGCCUGGGAGGUUCCAUCCUGCUCCCAGCAGGCACCCAGGGGAGCCGGAUCAUCGGGGGAAAGGCAGCAGUGCCCCACUCCCGGCCCUUCAUCGCCUCCAUCCAGAUGGACGGGGAGCACGUCUGCGGGGGCUUUCUUGUGUGGCCCAAGUGGGUGAUGACAGCUGCCCACUGCCUCAUUCCCAGGAGCAGCCCCUCGGUGCGUGUGGUGCUGGGCGCCCACCGGCUGGAGGAGCCCGAGGCGUCCCAGCAGGUCUUCAGCGUGGUUGAGUCCAUCGCCCACCCGCGCUACAACCCCCGCGCGGUGGACAACGACAUCCGCCUGCUCCGGCUGAACAGGUCGGCCACACUGAACGAGUACGUGAAGCGGAUCCGUCUGCCUUCGCCACACAUCGACCUGAAGCCCGGCACCGUCUGCUGCGUGGUGGGCUGGGGGGACACCUCCAACUAUGGCAACCAGCCCGCUGAGCUGAUGGAGACCAACACCACCGUCGUCAAGCGGAGCCUCUGCCGGACGCUGUGGAGGGGCAAGGUCUCGGCCAACAUGCUGUGCGGGGCCAGCCCCAACGCCACCCUGCAGGGCGUCUGCACCGGUGACUCUGGGGGACCCCUGAUCUUCAAGAAAAAGGUUUACGGCAUCGUCUCAUUCUCUGGGAAGAGAUGUGGGGACCGCCGGUUCCCCGACAUCUACACCAAGAUCUCCAACUACAUUGGCUGGGUGCAUCGCACCGUGCGAGGGCCCCGCCAACGGAAGGGGAGGCCGAAGCCCUAA